AUGGGAGUUGUUGAAGAAAUAACUCCAUAUCUUACCAAAUGGUACACCAUUUUAAUUGGUGCUUCCGUGGUCUACUUUAUAGCUAACUACAUUAGAUAUUUGAAGUUUUACAAAGCUCAUGGCUGUAAAGAACCACCUUAUGCCAUGGGUAGAAUUGAAGCCAUAAAGGUAUUAUUUAAUACUUUGAAAUGUAUGCAUACGGGUACCGUAUUAAGUUAUCAAAAUAAAUUCUUCUGCAAUGGUCAACCUUUGACUCAACAAAUGGAUAUACCUGGAAUGAAAGUUCUUGCUACAAUGGAUCCAGAUAACAUCAAGGCACUUUUGGCUACUCAAUUUACUGAUUUCGGUUUAGGUGACAGACAUGCUCAUUUCCUGCCCACUUUGGGUAAUGGUAUCUUCACUUUAGAUGGUGAAGGCUGGAAGCAUUCAAGACAAGUGCUAAGACCUCAGUUUGCUAGAGAACAGGUUGCUCAUGUGAAAUCUUUGGAACCUCAUAUUCAAUGGUUUGCUGAUCAUAUCAGAGCUAAAAAGGGCAUGCCAUUUGAUAUUCAGGAACUUUUCUUCAGAUUUACUAUCGAUACCGCAACAGAGUUUUUAUUUGGUGACUCGGUUCACAGUUUAUGGGACGACGAGAUUGGUAAAGUUGAUACCAGAAGCAUUCAAGGUAAAGAUACGUUUGCUUCGGAUUUCAAUGUUGUUCAAGUAUAUUUGGCUGCAAGAGCUUAUUCUCAAUCCUUGUAUUGGCUUCACAAUUCAAGAGAGUUUAAAAGGUUAACUAAAAAGGUGAGAGAUUUCGGGAGACAUUAUGUUGAUGAAGUUCUUGCUUUAAGUGAAGAUGAAUUAGACAAACGUUCAAAUUCGGGUUAUAUUUUCUUGUAUGAAUUGGCUAAAAAGACUAGAGACCCUGUUGCCUUAUUGGAUCAAGCCUUGAACAUUUUGGUUGCUGGUAGAGAUACCACUGCAGGUCUCAUGUCAUUUGCUAUGUUUGAAUUGGCAAGAAACCCAAAGGUUUGGGAAAAGUUGAGAGAUGAAGUAGAACGUACAUUUGGUGUUGGUGAAGAUGCCGAUCCUAAUGACAUUACUUUUGAAAGCUUGAAACAAUGUGAAUACUUGAAGCAAAUUAUUAACGAAACUUUAAGAAUGUAUCCUUCUGUUCCAACCAACUUUAGAACUUGUUUAAAGGAAACUACUUUGCCAAACGGUGGUGGACCCGAUGGAAAGGCUCCAGUCUAUGUUGCUAAGGGUACUUGUGUUCUCUACAGUGUUUACUUUAUGCAAAGAAGAGAAGAAUUCUACGGUAAAGAUGCUUCUGAAUUCAAGCCAGAACGUUGGGAAGACUUGAAGAAUUUGGGUUGGUCCUACCUACCAUUUAAUGGAGGUCCACGUAUUUGUUUGGGUCAACAAUUUGCCUUAACCGAAGCCUCCUAUGUUCUUGUGAGAUUAGCACAAUUAUUCCCUAAGUUGACUUGUGAAGAUGCUAGACCUUAUCCUCCAAAUAUGCAAUUGCAUUUGACUUUGUCACAUUUUGAUGAAGUUAAGAUUUCCAUGGCCUAA